CGAUUUUGGGUACAAAAUAGUACAAAUAUACCGAUUUUAGCUGGCAAGUCUACCGAUCUCGCUCUAUGACGUUCGAGAUCACUGGCAGCAUUAUCAUAGAUUAUACACUUAAUAUAUGAGCAUUAUUUUACAGUGACAUUAGCUACUGUCAGUCGGUUUCGUCUACUAAAAAUACGAAAUACGACUAUACCUACUUAUGUUUACAAUUGUAUCAAAAUAACAAUCUUAAUAUUUUCAAACAAGUAUGGUGGUACAGCGGUUAAUACAUAUUUACGCUAAUAGAGACAAUGUAUAAAUAAAUUAGAACAAAUAAUAUUACUAUAGAUUACUUAUACCGAGAAUUUUAAGGAGAAAUUUAUUGUUUACAAGUUGAGAAUGUUGAAAAAUGAUUAAAAACAACCAAAUAAUUUGGCUUGCCGAAACCAACAACUUUUUAAUUAGCACCGAUGACAGUGAUACAGACAGUUUCAGUCAUGUAUCUAAUGUCGAGGGAAACUCUUCAGAAAUUGAGUGGCCUGAUGAUGAGGACGAUGAAAUUUUUUUUCCUCCUAUGCAAUAUUUUAUAAGACUAAGAAGAAGACGAGUCGAUGAUUAUAUGCAUAUUAUAGAUUCAUGGACUGACGCCGAAUUUAAAAAUCGAAUGAGAUUAUCAAGAAAAACAGCAUUUCGUCUUAUUGGUGAAUUGGACAAAUCAGGAUUCAUUGCAUCACAUAAAUUUGGACUUAAACCUCUCGAGUCAAAGUUAUGUUUUUACAUAUUUCUAACAUUUAUCUCAAAUACUGAACCCUUAACACCAAUUGCUACCCGUUUUGAUAUUUCAAUAUCAUCAACAUUUCGUGUCAUAAGAAAAGUGGCAUCAUGGAUUUUGACAAAACUGAAUGAUGCCAUAAGAUGGCCACAAGAUUUUAAUGAAAUACAAUAUAUUUGUGACAAUUUCCAUUUAAAGACUGGAAUCUCAAACAUUUUAGGUGUUAUAGAUCGUACCCACAUAAGAAUAGACAAACCUAAAAAUGCUCGAGAGUACUGUAAUCCCAAAGGUCACUUUUCAAUAAUUUUGCAAGCAACGAUUGAUUCACAAUUGAGAUUUACAAACAUCUUUUGUGGAGAACCAGGCUCAUCCAACUGCACUCGGGCCUUGAAGAAAUCACCUUUAUAUCAUACAGCAACUCAUGACAGAAAUUCUUUGUUUCCACACAAUACAUUUUUAAUAGGCCACUCAGGGUAUCCAUCUUUACCAUGGCUGGUACCACCAUUUAGAGAAAAUAAAAGGCUGACACCUCAACAAAGAGAAUUUAAUGCAUUACAUGCAUCUGCUAGAAAGUUGGGCGAUAGAGCUUUUAUUCUGUUAAAGGCUAGGUUCCGCAGAAUUAAAUUGUUUACUGUUUAUCGAAAUAUAGCUUUCAUCACAGACAUGAUUGUAGCUGCAUGUAUACUCCAUAAUUAUUGCUUGAAUGAAAAUGAUCAUUUAGAGGUUAAUCACGACUAAAUAAUAUACAGUGCUACCUCAACAUACGAGUUUAAUUAAUUCUGUAACCUUUCUCGCUUGUCAAAUUGCUCAUAUAUCAAAGCAAUUUUCCCAAUUGAAAUUAAUUUUAAUGCCGUUAAUCUGCUCCAGCUCCCAAAAAAUGACCUGUCAUUUUUUAUGUGUUUUUAAAUAAGAAAAAAAAAUAUAAUAGUACUCCACAUGUGGGGGUAUUAUGUGAUUCCUCGUAUCUCAAGUCUUACUCUCAUCUCGAAGCAAAAUAUUGCUCGCGCAGUGGCUUGUACCUCAUAACACUCGUAUAUUAGGGCAAUCGUAUAUUGAUGUACCACUGUACAUAUUUUAUGUUACUUAAUUAUAGAUGGUUAACUUGUAACAACUGAGGGAUUUAGUUACUAUUUUAUGCAAAAACUACAGAUUUUAGGGAGCUUCAUAAUUUAAUCGCAGUACAGUAUGAGCAAUGUACAACAGGUUGUGUGUAAGUAGUUUCAAGGAAUUAGACAUGGCCACAGUAAGCUAUGACCGGGAUCUACUAUUUGUGUGAUCCAUAAUUUUAUCUUAUUGAGCGAUCAUUUAAAUAAAUGUACUUUUUAACAAUUAACAAAUAUUAUAAUUCUUGGUUAUUAAUAAAACACAUUCGACUUGACCUGUCCUGAUGAAACUGGAAGGCUCUUUAGGCCACCAUUAAUCCUGCUAUUCUAGAAAAGGUUACACUUUGUUUCUGAAGGGACCCUUGACUUGAAAUCAGAUUAUCAAGCCAGUAAUUUCUUUUGUAGCAUUUUUUUUCAAUUAAUUGUACUGCGUCCAAUAUUGUAGGGUUUAAAGCUAGGCGGUGACAGAGGUCCAACUGAUCUUGUGUGAAACAAUAAGCAUCAGAGAUGCCUUUACUUCAAUUAGUAGAUUCAUGAAGUAUGAAUUUCUUAAAAUGGCGUGUAUAAAUUGUAUUAGAUUAACAGCUUU